CUGUGUCCCUCAGACACCGUGGAUCACUGAUCCACGGAAAGAGCUGAAGAUGUAGGCUCGGUCAUGUGAUCAGCUGUGUCCAAUCACAGCUGAUCACAUCAGCGCCACCUGUUAGUGUCCAUCAGUGCCAGCUCUCAGUGCUCAUCCAUGCCACCUGCCAGUGCCACAUUUCAGUGUCCAUCAGUGCCACAUCAAUGCCACAUAUCAGUGCCCAUCUGAGCUGCCUUUCAGUGUCACCCAUCAGUGCCAGUCAGUGCCACCUAUCAAUGCCAGUCAGUGCCACCUAUCAGUGUUGCCAAUCAGUGUCAGUCAGUGUUGCCUAUCAGUGCCAGUCAGUGCCGCCUAUCAGUACCAGUCAGUGCCGCCUAUCAGUGCCCGUCAGUACUAUCAGUGCCACCUAACAGUGCCAGUCAGUGCCGCCUAUCAGUG